AAAGUGAAAGCAUGCAAGAGCACCUAUGUUCAUGUCAAAGCCCAACACGACAACAGAUUAAAGAUGGAGAACGACCAGCACGAUGUGUUUUUUGAGGCAAAUAAUCUCUCAGAUGUGGAUGUUAGACAAAUACGCACAUACUUUAGCUUAAAGAGAAAAUCAGGAGGAGGACAGUGUGAGAUCAGCAAAGUGGGGGACAACACCUACAAGAUAAGUUUUAUGAACAAAAAAGCCCAGGAAAGAGUGCUAGGCCGAGAGAAUCAUGUCCUCAAUAUAUCUGGACGAGAGGAGCUCCAUGUUUCAUUACGCUGCGACAAUGUUACUGAAAGCAGCAAACAGUCCAAAGCAUCAGCUAAUCAGAAAUGUGCAAGUGAUAAAAGUAUGGAGAAGGUUUUUAAACUGGACUUGUAUCUCUUACGCUACCUCAGCGAAAGUAAAAAGCCGAAUGCAAACUUGGACAAACUUCUAUCAGCGCUCCACAGCACCUUUGAGAUCCGCAUUGAGUCUGAAGAGUUGGUGGUGAGGAGGGACCCAGCAGCUGAGGACUUGACCCUGAAGAAAUGGGAAUUUGGGGUCGACCAAGCGAUCGAUAAUUUAAAGUCACGCUAUAUUACCUACUUUGAGGUCGAUAGGGAAAAAUCUGAAAUUCUGGAACAACACCUUUGCCUCUCUGGUGAGGACUUAAAAAUCUAUUAUGAAGAAGAGACGUGUUUCGCCGUCGUGGUUGGAGAGCAGAAACAAGUGGAGAAGAUUUUAAAAUUUGUAAGUAGCUUGCAUGACCAACAGCAGAUUCAAGAAGAGUGUCCUAUGUCUGAGAAGCAAUUCAGCCUCAUCAAAGAGCAGUUUGAGUCCUUCAUAAAGCCUAAUUGGCCUGCACUUCAGAUCGCUCAAGAAAAAACGGGCAUUCUCCUUUUGAAGGGUCCUGAAAAAGAGGUCCAUGCUGGCAAAAAGGAGCUUUUAAACUUGGCAAAAGAAAUCAGAGAGAAGAAGAUCCCAUCACAUCGUCCUCUUGUGACCUUCUUGGAAUCAAGCGGUGGUAUACAGCACUUCCAAACCCGAUUCCAGGAGAGACUCUGCAGCCCGGUUAUGCUCGAGACUUCAGGUUCAGAUUUGCUUUUGUUGAGUUUGUCCGACGGAGCGUUAGAGGAGGCGGCUGUUGCCGUGCAGAGAGACCUGUGUUCGGAAACUGUGCGUCUGGAAAACACUCAGAAAUCACCUGCGUUUAAUAAGCUGAAGGAGGAUUUGAGUGAAGCCGUCAAGCAGGCCAAUCGUGAGAGUGUUAAAGUGGAGCUCAAAUACCUGGAUGAAUCAAGUGUUGACCCCAAAGUGCAACUGGUGGGCUACACUACUGAAGUUAAUAGGCUGAAGAACAUUGUGCUGGAAUACAAAAGAAACCAUCAGAAACAUCAUGACUCCCUGCCGCUUCCCAAGCCAGAAAUGGUGGAUCACUUCCCUGAGAUCUUGUCGAUGGCCGGUGUAAAGAAGGGCAGUGUGGAUAUAAAGCCAACGAGGCUUCCUUCCCCAUGCAUCCACCUCACAGGACCUCGUUGCGAAGUUGAGAGUUUGAAGGACAGCCUUGAGUCGUUUCUUUCGUGUCUUGUCACUAAACGAUUUGAGAUGAAAGGACCUGGAGUUAAAACGUUCUUUAAAAGUGAUGGUAUGAAGACUUUAAAUUUGGUGAAAACUUCUUAUAUGGUCAGCAUACUGGCUAUUGAUGAUGGCCGUAAAAGUGGUAAUGUGUAUCAGAGCUUUCCAGCGGCUGCAUCUGCCCAAUACUCUCUGGAGCUUGACAAUGAGAUACACAUUAAAGUUGUGGUUGGUAGUCUUGAGCAACAACAGGCCGAUGUAUUUGUUGCUCCAAUGAUAAACACAAACAUGACCUCAACCUUGAUUGGAUCAUCCUUGUUGAAAAAAGCAGGACAGCAGCUUCAGACUAACUUCAACAAAGCCAAGGGAAAGCGUACACUUGCGUACGGAGACGUGCUGGAGGUGGAUGCGACACCAGCGCUGGGAUGCUCAAAGGUUUACUUCAUCGAAUGUGAGCCCAAAGGAAACCACAACAGCGAAAAAGCGCUUCGCUGCGGACUUGGCCGAGUUUUUGAGCUAUGUGAGCAGAAUACUUGGGGUUCAGUUGCACUGCCAAUAAUAGGACCUGGCUUAGUGCUGUCCAUACCGGUCAAAGAUGCCGUUAAUAUUCUUACUCAUGAGAUCUGCGAAUUUUUAUCCCAAUUCCCUAGUUGCCUGCAAACCAUUUGUAUCGCCAUAAUGCCUAAUUACGCUCAUUCUGAGGAAAUGUUCCAGACGGUCUGUGCGGAUCUGAGCGCAAAAAUGGUGGACAACGCAGGACAAGCUCUGUUUCAAUCACUGACCUCUGACCUUGAUGAGAUCAUCAUGCCAGUAGAUAGGACUGAACUCCAUCUAGUGUUCGGUGACAUCACCAAUGAGACUACUGAUGCCAUUGUGAACACCACUGACUUUAAGGACUUCGAGACAAGUGGAGUGUGUAAAGACAUCCUCACCAAAGCAGGACCUCAUGUCCUGGGUCAACUGACAGGAGCUCAGGUAACAACUGGACAGAUAUUUACGACCCCGCCAGGAGGAUUUCCAUGUAAGACAAUCAUGCAUGUUUGUGGACAGAGGGACGCCAGUGUUAUCAAGACCUUGGCCAAAGAAAUAGUGGUUCAAUGUGAACGCGGCCGCUACCAGUCUGUGGCCAUUCCUGCUAUCUGUGCUGGACAAGGAGGUUUGGAUGCAAAAGUGGUGGCCAAGUCUAUUCUCGAGGGAGUAAAGGAUGGUGUUCAAGGAGCUAAUCUUCAAUAUAUCAGAACUAUUCGGAUCAUUCUGCUGAAGAUUAAUGUUUUCCUGGAGUUUAAAGCGAUGGCACAGCAAAUCUUUGGUGGUAAUACACAGCUGACAGCUCCUGCACCACUUGUACCAACAAACGUAACCUCCAGAGGGCGCAGUGGAUCAACUAUAUCUCGCAGAUCACAAUCAUUUUCUUCACUACACUCUCUUGAUUUGAACUCUCUAGUCAGCACUUUGCCAGUCACAGAGAACACAGCAGCAUUUCUAGUGAUCGGUCACACAGAAGAUGACGUGUCUGAUGCCUGCAGAGAACUUCAGCGGGCGUACGAGAGCCAGUGCUCCACACACUCCUUCCACCCAGAGGAGAUUGAACGUCUCACUCAGCAUGAGAUGAACCAGCUGCUCUCUAAAGUCGAUUCCCUGCACCUGAAGCUGGAACAGAGCGGCUCGGGAGGAUGGGAAGUGAAAGGGCUGAAGGAUGGAGUUAAUGAGGUGGUUAGACUCAUACAAGAUGCACUUCGCAGGCAGGUAAGAGAGAAGGAACAGGCAUCCCUCUUCACUCAAGUCACAUGGUGCAUUCUGGGACGACAGGGCGUUUGGCAGAAGGUGCCCGCAGAGGAGAAUUAUAAGCUUGAGAGAGGAGAUGUGAAAGAUGGUAUUAUAGAUGCACAGGGUGUGAAAUGGACUGUGGAUUUGAGUAAGUUUGAGGCCACAGCAGGUGAUACAGGACUCGUGACGUCUCUCAAACGACUGGAGAACUUUUCAGAUUUCCCUUUGCCCAUCGAAUGGGACAACAUGAGUCUCAGUGACCUGUUAAAGGUGAUCGAUUUAGAUCAGCGAUCUAAAGAGUACCAGACCGUGAAGGCAAACUUCAAGAAGACCGUCCGAAAAACCGUGCUCAAGAUCGAGCGCAUCCAGAACAUGAACCUUCGGCGGUUAUAUGAGGGACGCAAAAAAGAGCUGGAGAACAGAAACGGUGGCAUUGUGGGAGCCGGAGAGAAGAUCCUUUAUCACGGCACAUCAGAGCAGUCCUCCUCAGUCAUCAUGAAGACAAACUUUAAUCGCAAUUUUGCUGGGCAAAACGCCACCGUCUACGGUAAUGGGACGUACUUUGCUGUGAACGCCAGCUAUUCUGCCAAUCCUACCUACGCGGUUCCAGCUGCAGACGGGACUCAGCUCAUGUUCGUGGCUCGUGUGCUUACGGGUCAUUACGCUCAGGGUCAGACGGGCAUGAAGACGCCCCCUGUUCGCGUCGCACCGGACCACAAUUAUGACAGCGUGGUGGAUAACGUCCAAAAUCCCUCCAUGUUUGUGGUUUUUCACGACUGCCAGGCUUAUCCGGAAUACCUCAUCAAAUUUAUAUAAACUUCAACCAAAACCAACCUUGGUUUGUUCCCUGUAAAGUCAACCGGAUGAACUCUGAAUGAUCUAUAAACCAUUGCUAUUUACAGUUGCUUUUAAAUAUAGUCACUUUUAUUGAAAGGUUAGAUUAGGAAUCGCAUAGCAGAUAGAUACCUCUUCAUGCUCAUUGUAUGAGUGUUUUAGUGACCAGUAUUAUUCAGAUUACACAAUUUAAUGAUUUGAGAGCAGAAAAUGUACUAUAUUCAUUGACAAAGUGGUUUAUUUGAUUAUUAUGGAACAUUUACUCAGAUUAAAUACUUCAGGGAAUUGCACAGGUAUUUUCUGACUUGUGCAAUCCACACAAGUGAUAUUUAGCUUCAGGGCGAUCUAUUCAUCACUCUUUGAUACAAAAAAAAAAAUGUUUUGAACUCUUCUUUCUCGCUUCCCCUAUCUUCCCAGGCGCUCUUAAAUGAAAUGUAGGCGUUUGUGCAAUAUUACGUUUAUGCAAUACUUUGUAUUGUAACAGAAGUUAUUUUCAUGUAUUAUUUAGCCCAGUUUCUACUUUUCUGACAUUAAUUUAGCGUUUUGAACUGUAGAACAGACUAAUCAGCCUCUAUUUUAUAGUGAAAGCCUAUUGACUUGUAAACUUUCAAAAUGUCUAUGAUUCUUAAUCCAUCCAAUGGUGAUGAUGUUAUUGUGAUAUUUGCAUACUGGAUUGUAAUUGUUUUUUGCUUUUCUGUCCUCACAGCACUUUGUUUUAAAGAGUAACUAAACCCAAAACCAACUUUUUUUAGUUAAUGAUCUGUAAGAAUGGAUCUUUAUUAAUAGCCUACCAGUCAUUGAUUCGAGUAACUAAUUUGACAUUUGUGUAUAAAGUGUUUUAU